AGCGCCGCAAAAUGUUGUGAAACCAGUUUCCCCUGACGGGAAGUGGGAGGUCCUACCGGAGAAGUACACGGACGUGACACUAAUAAUAUCUUAAAUUAUUUUAACUUGUUUCGGCCAUUGUUGGUCUCAGCCAUAAAGAGACAUGGUAUCGAUCUAGCAAAGAUUAUUCAGGGACCAUAACUGACGUCAGUUAGCUAGUCGUCAUCAUGGUGUCUGCGAGAGUGCUCCAGCUGCUGGGGUUAGCUUGCCUUGUCUCUGCUGUACCUACCACAGGUGGUAAUAACAACCAUUUGGUGAUAGCCCCCCAGUCUCCGGUGCUGGAGAUCGGGACCACCUUCACGGCUACAUGCAUGAUCAUCAACACAGCUGAAAUUACAGCGGAUGACCUCUACUGGAACCUGUCUAAAACCACUAUACCCAGAGAUCACUACACGAAGGUCAACAGCUCAGCUCUGAGCGUCACCUUCACUGUCACCAGUGAACGACAAGAAUGGUUGUACUGCCUCUGUAAGAAGGUGUCCGCCAAUGUUAUCCUGAACGAAGGCAGAUUUAUGCACGGGAUUAUACUCACCACAGGCUAUCGUCCAGAGAAGCCUGAGAACCUCACCUGUGUAGCUCUGCAGGAGAAGAAGCACAUCUCUUCAACUGUCACCUGUCACUGGGAUGCAGUGGGACGUCAGACCUCAUAUGUUCCUACAGAAUACACUCUGUACUUCAGAGUCCUCUCCAGCGUUGCCUCCUACAACGUCACAACAAAAGAAAACAGCGCCAAAAUCUCUAUGAGUGUGUUCCCUCACUUCAUGGAGAUGGAGAUCUGGGUGGAGGCUAAAAACAAGCUGGGAACAGUGGAGACUGAGCACCUGAAGAGAGAAUCUGGAUAUGUUGUGAAGACCAACCCUCCAGGAGACGUCAGAGCCAUCUCAGAGCCGACUUUUUCCACCUCCCUUCUUAUAAACUGGACUCAUCCUAUUGUUAAAGAAUAUGUGACACUAAUGUAUCAGAUCAGGUUCUGUAAAAAUGGAUCUCAAAGCUGGACCUAUGUACCUCUUGGGGAGACAGCCAAGGACAUACAAUCCUUCAGGAUCCAGUAUCUUCAGCCAGACACGAUAUAUGUCACUCAGGUUCGCUGUAAAAAUUCUAAAGAAGGAUACGGUCACUGGAGUGAGUGGAGUCACCACGCUGUCAAGAGGACACCAGAAGGCCGACCAACAAGUAAACCAGAUUUAUGGGGGGUCAUUUCUGAGGAGGGCAGCAUCGGUGAACGACGAGUGCAGUUUCUGUGUAAGGAUCCUGUGACCGCCAAUGGAAGGAUAAUCAGGUUUGACAUGAAGAUCCGAAGCCAUUGGGAAAAAGUCAUGAAUGGAAGUUUGGAGUGGGAGAGGAUUCCCGUCAACAAGUCAGAGGAAGACUGCAGCUCUACCCGGGCGAAUAUCACUUUCCUUAAAGAAAUUUACCUGGCUGUCAGGAAGUCCAUCAUAGUGGAUGUCAUCGCCGUCAAUUCUGCGGGGAAGUCUGCUCCAGCAUCAUUAAUCAUCCCUGAACGAGCACUUGAACGUCCCCCGGUGGAAGGGCUGAGGGUGUGGUCCAAUGGGGGACAGCUGUGGCUUGAAUGGACACCCCCAAACCGAUCAGCUGUGUCAGAAUACGUGGUGGAGUGGAUCACUGGAGAUCAGGUGGACUGGCAGAGGGAGAACAGGAGUACCAGACUCACUGCCAUUAAAGGACACCUUGAGAAGUUUGUUUGCUACACCGUGUCUGUGUAUCCAAUCUACAACCGAUUGCCUGGGAAGGCAGCGAGGGUCGAGGCCUUUCUGGAGCAGGGAGCUCCUCUGGAAGGUCCUGUAUUGGAAUUGAACGGUAAACCGGGACGUAACCACGCUGAGGUAACGUGGACGGAGAUUCCCCCACACAGCCGACGAGGCUUCAUCACCAACUACACAAUCUUCUACUCCAGUGUCACAGAGAAAAACAGUGUGUUAGUUCCGGGUAACACCACCUCAUACACUCUGACCUCACUGUCAGGAAACACCAGGUAUGAAAUGUGCGUCAUGGCCUCAACCAUCGCAGGCUCAGCCACAGGCAUCUGUCACGCAUUCACCACUCCCAAGUACGAGGACGGAGUGAUCGAGCUCAUCGUGGUGGGCGUCAGCCUUGGCUUUCUGUUUGUCUUUGUCAUGACGAUGCUGCUUUGUUUCUACAAAAAAGAUGUGAUCAAGAGGAACUUCUGGCCUCAGAUACCGAACCCUGGAGAGAGCACCAUUGGAAACUGGUCUCCUGAUUAUCCUUCAAAAGCAGAGACACCAAAGGAGAACUGUCUGUCAGGCAUCAGUGUGCUCGAUGUGGAUGUGUGUGAUGCAAAGUGUGUGUUUGAGGAGGAUAAGACCAGUCUUCCUCUGAAGAAGGACAAGUAUAUGUCUGAAGAGCACAGCAGCGGGAUUGGCGGCUCCUCCUGCAUGUCCUCGCCUCGCCAGAGUGUGUCCGACAGCGACGAGGGCGGCGACAUGGCCGACACCACAGCCAGCACCGUCCAGUACUCCUCCGUGGUGGCCUUCAGUGGCUACAAAGGUCAGACCCCAAGCUCCCAACCCCAGCAGGGCAUUUUCUCCCGGUCCGAGUCCACGCAGCCCCUGCUGGACUCUGAGGAGAACCCAGACAUGCUGGUGCAGGAGCGUUACCCCCGACAGUCCUGCUUCACACACGCCGCAGGGAACGAAGACAGCACCAACCAGCUAGAGGCGGAGCAGCAGGAGAUGCUGGAGCCUCUGGACUUCUGCUCCCUGGAGGAGGACUCUGAGCAGAUGGCACCUACAGAUGAGCAGUCAGCUGACUGGCUGCCAGCAGCACCAGUCUCCAGCUACAUGCCUCAGCUUGGUGGCUACAGGCCACAGUAAGACCACAGAUGGACCUGAUCCUGGGUCACCUGUGUCAAUGCUUCUGUGCCUUUGUUAAUGUGCAUUUCAAGCUUCUGAAGAAGACCUCUUCUACAUAUACAUAGUCAAGGAAGCUCUGGGAGACUCUGUAAAUACAAUGUGAAUAGGAGCUUGGACCAAUAGUUUGCAUUGCAUUCACAUGAACAUUUACAUAUCUUUAUCGACAAUGAUGGUCAAUCAUACGUGACAAGUGUAUGUGGACGCUCUGAUCGUGACACAGGUGAAGCUCAGACUGAGGAGUGCCAGUUGCUGCAGCAGGCAGCCUCUGUCUGUGCUGCAGCACCCUCUGGUGGAGGAGUCUCACCUCUGCAUAGAUGUUACAUUGACAUUAACGUACACACAGUAUGUUUUCAGCUUCAGUAUAUGCACUGCACAUGAAUGUAACACAAGUUCACACUGACAUGUACAGGUAAUGAUGACGGCGCAUGUUCAAAUAAAAAACUUAACUGAAGGAAACAGAACAGUCAUAUGACUAAUGUUCAGUUUAAAGAUGAAUCCACUGCUUCAUCAGAUCAUAUAUAGAAGCAGGUGACUCCGCUCUGACCCCAGUGUUGACUGCGGAUACUAGAGAUGAAACGGCUUCACAUUAAAUCACUUAAAAAUGCACAACGCACUGCAACUUAAGAAAACACAUGCAAACAGACAAAACACAAACAACUUAUAAAACAUCUUCAUCAGUUUGAAAACCCUGAAAAGUGAUGAACCUGCUGGGACGCACUGGUUGUUCAAUGCUUGGUGACCUGUGAGGUUACAAACAUUGAACAAUAAGUGCACAUGGAUCAUAUGUAUUAGAUGUAUUAUAAUACAUCCAUGCAAGUGCGUCCCAGGUUCAUCACUUUUAGUGUCCCCUGAAAACACUAAUGUUGUCGUCUCUGUUUCUUGCAGCACAUUUGUGUAUUUGCUUAUGUUGUGAGUAUUUGCAGCUCAUGUUGUCAAACUGAUGAAGAUGUUUUUCUGUAUUUAUUUGUGUUUUGUCUAUUUGCAUGGGUUUUCUUAAGUUGCAGUGCAUUGAGCUCUCAUGGCCACUGUACUGUAGCAUCAAACAACAACAGUCUCCAAGACACAUGCGCAGCAAGCAACGUGGGAUGGUUUAGUGUCAGUCAGAACAUAGAGGAGGGCAGUGACAGUUUCAGCCUUCUGACAACCUUUACACUAAUAUGAGCAGGUAAACCUCUUAAAAGGUGAUUGAUUCCUUUCACACUGUCCAAGGAAUCUGUCUUUCUGUUCAGGGAGGACACACACAACUGCAGAGAGCAGUGUCACCACAUGCACAGAGCAAAGACACAGACACAGGGGAGAAAGAGGGAGCUGCUAGCCGAUCAGUGAUCCCACACAAUCGGUGAUUGUGUGUUUUCCAAACUUAUUUCAGGGCUGCAGCUCACUCUUUCAUCCCUGAGCGCAGUUAAAAGUUACAGCAGGAAAAUAAUAAUAAUACAUUUGUUACUCCCUUGUUGACAGAGUGGAUAUGCAGCAGGGAAACCCAGUAGUGCUCUGGUCCCUUUUUAUUAUUUUAAUGUUUCAAUGCAAACUAAAAGUGCUGCUGAUUAUUAUAUCUAUAGUUUCCAUUUGGACUUUACUUAUUGAACAUUUCCAGCACAUUUUAACAAUAACACUGAUAACCGUGAUUAUUUAGCUCACUAUCAUGAUGAUAUUAAAUUUUUAUAUGUUUCAUCUCUAGAUACCACAUUCAGAGAUGAUCCCUCUUCCACAGUCUGUGUCAGAGGAAGCAUCGGUGCCACCGCCUCCUCCUCCUCCCUCUGUGUUCACACACACAAUAUACUGUCAUCACUAACAGCUGUGGUCUUAGUCUCUGAUGGACCUGACAACUAUCAGCUCCAUGAUUCACAGUAAACAAAUCUCACUGAGAACAAUCAACACAUUUCUGAUUUCUGCUGACAUCACUACGUACAGCUGUGAGUAGUUAUCACUGUGACCUGAGUCACUCUCAGUUGAAGGGUUCACUCAAUAUUCUUUAUAAUAAUGUGUUGAAUAUUGUGAGAGGAGCUGGUGGAGACCAGAAGAGGGGACUGAGAUUGAUCGGGUGACACAGACAUCACUCACCAUCAAUCGUCAUGUGGAGAAAAAAAAGCUGUUUGUUUAACGACCCAUGUGAUAAGUGACAUGUUAAUGAAAGUGGAGUGGCUGGAAACACCUGGAAGACGUCAUGUGUCUCAUUAUCUGCAGACGACAGUGAACUGUAAAAGAUCAUCAUAUGAAUGAAAUAAAUAUGAAAUAUGAAAAUAAAUCUUUUAACUAACA